AUGGCGGAGGACAUCGCCAAAGAUGACAUCGCAGCUGCUAUGAAGGCCAGGAAUGCAGAGGCCGCCGAUGCUGCUGCCGGAGGGACAGAAGCAAACAAGGACUCCACCGAAGCUGCAGACUUUCCAGCACACAUGGCUUUUCCAAGCUCCAGCCCCAGCUGCAGUGACAGCAGCAGUGUCACCUGCAGAAGCAGCAGCCAUCAGUAUGGGACAGAAGAGCAUCACAACUUGUCCCACACAGGUCACCUUUUAGUAGCCGUCUUCCUGGGAAUCAUUGGAAGUUUGGGGUUCUUUAAUAACCUGCUGGUUCUCAUCCUCUUCUGCCAGUAUAAAGUUCUGCGCUCUCCUAUUAACAUGCUGCUGAUGAACAUUUCCAUUAGUGAUCUAAUGGUCUGUAUUCUAGGGACCCCUUUUAGCUUUGCUGCCAGCACACAGGGACACUGGCUAAUAGGUGAGGCUGGCUGUAUAUGGUAUGGAUUCGUCAACACACUUUUUGGAACAGUGUCUCUGGUGUCGUUGGCUGUUUUGUCUUAUGAAAGAUAUUGCACUAUGAUGCGGAGUACAGAGGCUGAUGUGACAAACUUCAAAAAGGCCUGGCUAGGGAUUAUAAUCUCUUGGGUGUACUCUCUGCUCUGGACCCUACCUCCACUUUUUGGAUGGAGCAGCUAUGGACUAGAGGGACCCGGCACCACCUGCUCAGUAAAUUGGCACUCACGUGAUGCCAGUAACACAUCUUACAUUGUGUGCCUCUUCGUCUUCUGCCUGGCCCUGCCUUUCAGCAUCAUUGUGUACUGCUAUGGAAGACUACUUGUUGCCAUUAAACAGGUCAGUGGGAUCAGCAAAGGAGCAGGACGCACAAGAGAACAUAGAGUGCUUGUCAUGGUUAUUGUGAUGGUUAUCUGCUUCCUGCUCUGCUGGCUGCCAUAUGGGAUAAUGGCACUCAUCGCAACCUUCGGAAAACCAGGUCUGAUCACGCCAUCAGCAAGCAUCAUUCCUUCCAUACUGGCCAAAAGUAGCACUGUAUACAACCCUGUCAUUUACAUCUUUCUAAACAAGCAGUUUUUUAGGUGUUUCAUUGCCCUUCUGCACUGCAGUAAUACACCUAUAACCUCCAGUAACAAAUGCUCAUCCAAAAGCACCAAGAUCAACCUGACUGUACGCAAGCCACUUGAUACUUUCACUUUAAAUGCUGCAUCCAUGAAACCACCAUCAUCAGGAGAGGACACAGUAGUGGACAGCAAGGAAUACAAAGAAGCAUGCGCAGAUCAUGGAGUGAGCAACAAUCAAUCUGGCAGCGUCCAAUCAAAACCAAUAUUGACUCUAGUUGCUCAUUACACAGCCUAAUACAAUAUAAGGAUUUGGAAGAAAUUAGCUUAAGCAUGCUAUACAUAAGGGU